CUCUGAUGUUUGUUUUCCAAUUGACCUUCAAGUGAGGAGUUGAUUCAUCAAUGAGAAUGAAGUCGAAGCGGUCGCAAUUCUGAGAAUGACUGAGAACAUUGCACUGGUUUGCUGCUUUUGUCAAAAAUCCACACGUAUUGACUCAUCUGAGGAGGCGGAGCUCCCUCAACGAUGAGCACGAGAUACGCUCCUUCCCCCAAAAUAACGGCGAGUGACUCAAUACCUGGGUACCUACCUUAAGUUUCUCAUUCCAGAUCUAAGUGCUGUCUCAUCCAAGCACUUUUAACAAUCUCACACAUCACGCCUUCAAUCCAUUCUUUCUUGUUCAAGCAAUUACGCAUAUCCUCAACGCUCCAGCCUAGCCCACAGUUCUUCAUCUUCCCCUCAGCAGACUAAAUUUUUGAACAAUGGCGAUGGAUCUCACAGCUGUAGAAGCUGCUGAACUGCAGACUUUUCUAGCACAGAACUACAAUACACCUUCCGACCAAUGGCUGGACGGCCUCGUGAAGCAAUUCGAUACACUAAAAACUCUGUUGGAGCAAGGUGUCGAGCCCACUCAAAAGGAACCAGAAAGUGGCAUCAGCGAGCAACUUGGCACUCCUGCUGCAGCUCGAGCAGCAGCACUACCUGUGGUCAGAUUGGACUCCCGUAAUUUUCUCAUUGGGACGGACGAAUGUAUGCCCUGCUACGGUAUUGGGACAAUAUCUCCAGGUACAUUUGCAGACAUCUUUUGGCAGAGGGUAAAUGAGGUCAACAACGAGAAUCAAUCCGCACAGAUUGAGAUAUACCUCGCUCAAGACAACAACUUCGAAUUCCGCUUCGGUCGCUAUAUGUUUCAGUUGAUGUAUUUGCAAAAUGAAGAAGUCGCCAGAAGGUUAUAUCACUUUCGAUCGCUGUCUAGCAAUCCACUGAUCAUAAACAGAUACACAGAUAUCGUCAAGACAGCCCCGGAAUCACUCAAAGAACGUGCUAGGACUGACACUGUGUAUGGAGAGAUAGGUCCAAGCCUUGUAUUACGACACCUGGCCUCUAGUCCAAGUCGCGCCUUAGGUAUAGAAUCAACAAGGAGGGCCUUUUACAUUCUGAGAGCGCAUGCCAUUGAGCGCGGUAUACUCUACAACCUUCCGCUCCUUCCUCAUGCCAAAGUCUUCUUUCAUGCUCAGUACAUUCUGAUUCUCCUGAAUCGUGCUGUUGCAUCACUGCUGGAGAAAAGCGUUUCCAUCACCUUGCAAAGCGUGAUCGCCGAGUGUUACCGCGACAUACCAGAUCUACACUCAUCCCAAGCAUGUCUUGCACAAUGUCCUGUUGGUCGCGACUUUGAUGCAGAACGCAUGGCACCUACUCUGAUGCCUUUAUCACAAUCGGUGUUGAUGAGAGUCAGAGCUCUGAACAUGGACAUGAAAAUGAAUUUUCCUUAUUUUGUAAAAGUCGAUGUUGAGCACAAUGGGUCUAGCUCCAUCCAGCGGGGAGUGUUCUUGGCCAUGGUCGAAAGAGAGCUCCAUCAGCUUCGCAAGAAUAUUUCAGAAACUUUGAAGAAACCAGAGGCCACCGAGAAGCCUCCGUGCGUGUUAUGGCCUAAUCGCCUGGUUGAAACACCCAAAGAAUUGUCCGGAGUCAACAGAUGGAUAUAUGUGUUGGGAUUGACGCCCAUUGCUAGAGGGGAUCCGGUCUUUGAGGCAAAGCUCCAUGUGAAAGUUGAGGAGUGGAGUUGCAGUGUUACAUCCCAGAAAGCAUUGUAAGUAAGACCAUACAUUUUCUACCUUCCGCAAUCAUGUUGAGCGUCAUGCGUAUUCUCGACUGCAAUGUCUCCAACAACUAGUAGUGGUACUUUCAAUGGCCCCCAAACAUGAUGCUAAUAGGAUGACUCGAAAGCGACCAUUCUUCCUGCUUCAUCAAAGCAAGUGUUGAAGACAGCUCGGCCAUGAUGUGCACUUUGGUCAACUGUACUCAAGAUACGAAACCGAAAGCCAUUCAGGGGCCUAAGAGAAACCCGGUCUCCGUGGAUUCACCCGAGUCGAUGAAAUUUACGGAGAGGAAGAAGAAUCACAAGCAAGAACGUUCCAGUAAUAAGCCCACUCGGAGUCUUAGGCAGGCCUCAGAUAUUUUGAGUGCUCUUAGGCAUGACCCCAAGUACGACAUCGACGACUUUAAGGUUGGCUAUCUUGAUCGUUUCAAAUCAGCCAUCCAAGAAAAGCCUGUGGCGGAUUGGCAGACGGACACACAACAUGACGAGUUUAUCGCGGAGCAUCGAAUUGAGUACUUCAAGAAGUAUCUUCAAGACGGAAUUUCCGAGAUCUGGUGGGAGAAGAAGACAAAGACCGACAAAUUUUUCAAGACUGGUAACUCAACAGAACUCUGAUGAAGUCUGCGGAUUUCAAGUAUGGACAUUUGCCUAAGGUAGCAUUCCGUGUGGGUGAAGGAAAUUGGCGCAAAAGCAUUGCAUGAAUCGAUACCCCAAUGUUGUCUUUAGCGUUGUAUGAUAGUUUCCUUUACAAGGAGGUUGUGCUGCAAGUUCACCAAACAAUAUGAAUACCUGAAUCAGUGC